CUUGCGGUCACAUUGUCAUUCGAGUGCCGUCGUUUGCUCCAACAAUAAAAAGCGUUUGGAGCCGUAUGUUUUCCUAUGUUGUUAUACUAGAAAAAAGUGAAAAGCUCGCCUCGCUAGCAAGCCAUGUAAAGACUUAAACACAAUUGAAGUAAUUCACGCGUUUGCUAAACACUGAGAGUUCCAAGAAGAGUGUGCAAGAGGUCAAGUGAAAAAGCCUACAUUCAUUGUAUGUGUGUAUGCAAGUGCAGCUGCUGUGUGCGUGAGUGUGUGUGUGUAUGCGUGUGCAUUGCGCAUGUAUGUGUGUUGCACUGUUCGAACACACAAUUUUGGCAGCAGCAGCCGAAGACGAAACUGAAGUGCAUAUUAUACGCAAAACUUAAAUAGAAGCAGCGCCAGAGAUGACGUAAACGACAACAGCAACAACUAUCGCAACAAGAGAUAACAACAACGACAAAGUUGACGGCACAAAAGCGUUCACUUUUCCCCACUUUGGAAUUGUAUAUCGCAGCGAAACGAAACUGAAGCUGAAAUUGCAUUCUAUAUAUAUUAGGAGUCGGGAGUCUAUAUAGAAGACGCCAGUUAGCAUAUUAGUAUGAGGUCGUCUGUCUUGUCGGUGCAUUGCAAUCGAAGCGCAACGUUCCCAAUCUUGUUGCUCUGCUUGCUGUUGGCGGCAAAUGCCGAGCGGGAUUUCAAUGUGAACGACUCUCAGGUGCCCGUCAUCGAGCCGAAAGAUGCGCCCGCAUACACGCAGGAUCCAUAUGUGACGGAGCUGAUGCGAUGCCAGCCGACACAGUCGGAGAUUCUGCUCUCGCUGCUGCUCCGGAAGCAUGACUGGAGCGAGCUGAGUCUGGCCAAGCGAUCGCAUAUUCAAUCCAAAUUGGCCAAGUUCUUUGCCAUACCCAAGGAAUUCAUUACGCUGGAUUCGGUGUCCAAGCGGGAGCUGGGCAACAUGCAUAAGAUGGCCAUGCGCAAGGGCGGCAAGGGUCAGAAGCAUGUGGAGACCGCUAAUCGUCACCUGGGACGUGCAAGCUUUAUGAUCGGCUGUGGUUCGAGUUACUUUAGCAUGGGCGAACCGAUAGCCAAGCAGAUAGCACAUCAAAUCAAGGACGGCACCAUUGGCGCCCUGACCGAGGAGAACUUUGGAUUGUGGUUCAUAUGGCGCAAGGAAUUGAAGAGCAGAUCACAGAGAAAGCGACGCCAAUCGGAGGGCAGCGGUGAAGAGGAUGACUACGACUAUGGAGACGAUGACGAAGAUCAGGCACCAGAACAAGUUACGGAAUUGCCCCCAUCGCAUGCUCAUCGUCAUCAUCAUGGCGCGUCGGAACACACGGAGAUUGUGGGCAUGGCCACGUCGACUUCCUCAUCUGCCUCGCCAGCUGUCAAAUUGGAAGAGGAGGAGAUUGAGGAGAGCGUCUCCAAAUUGGAGUCUGUCAUUAGCAAGACGAUUGAGAAUACGAAGAACAUCAAGGAGCUGCCCGUGCUCAAUGUGGACGACGUUGAGGUUGACGACGUUGACGAUGUUGAGCUGCAGCAGCUGAGCGUUCCCUCCGCUCUAGCAAUUGAGGAUAGCGAAAAUGAGCUUGGCAAUGAGCUGGAACUCAAAACGAGCCAAGAGAAGCAGCUGGAACUGGAACAGCAGCAGAUGAUAACCACUACAACAGCAGCUGCGCCUGGCAGCAGCAGCAGCAGCAGCCCCAUAAUUGCAACGGUAAACGUCGCUUCCACAGACCUACAAGAUGCUGUCAACAACAAUAACCACAACAACAACAACAACAACCAGGUUGACUCUGCGGCCGUCGCUGUUGAUGUAGCUGAGCACGCUGCUGCAACGAGCACCUCACAAACGACCACUAACCACAACAACAACAACAACAGCAACAAUAAUAAUAAUAUUACACCUGCUACACCAGGCACACCACCUCUGCCAGCCCAAACUGUGUCUGUGUCAUUUUCACCAUACGAUGCCAACUCCACUGUCUACCAUCCAUACUCAUCCUCAUCCUCAUCUCCAUCCUCAUCCCCAACCGCAUCUGCAAUCGAAACUGUCGAAACGUCUACAGCCGCCAGCAGCAGCAACAGUAAUUCUGUUGCCUUUAGCACCACAUUCUCAGCCUCAACCCCGAGCGUUCCCUUCAUCAUUAGCGGCUCAAGCACACCGAGUGGUGCUAUAGACUCUGAUAUGGCUAAUACUCUCACUGUAACAGCAACUACAACAACAGCAACAGCAGCAGCAGCAGCAACAACUUCAUUAUUAUCAUCAUCUGCAUCCGCAUCCGCAACAUCUUCAUCAACAUCAUCAUCACCCCCACCAACAACUACAACAAAUGCAACCAUGCCAACAACAACAACAGCAACAGCAACAACAACUACAACUACAACAACAACACAAUCACAAACGCCAAAGGCAGGGGAUGCUGUCGACGCCCUCGAAGUCGCCAGCAAUAGCAGCGUGUCCCCCAAUCUAGCCGGCAACAACGAGUUGGCUACGCCCACGACCACGAUCAGACAGCCACAGCUGGAGGUGAGCAGCACGACGGACGCCUCCACGGAUUAUGUGGAGCCGCGCGGGGAGAACAGUGUGCCCAUCAUUAAAAUGCGUUUGCAAAAGCUGGCUGUGCCGUCGGGCAAAGCGUUCAGGUUUGUGGUGCCCGCUGAAACCUUUUUCGAUGCCGAGGAUCAAACCAAUCUGCGACUGGAGCUAACCGACAAGGACGGCUACGAGCUGAAGCCCUCGUCCUGGGUGCAAUUCAAUGCGGAUAAGCGGGAGCUCUAUGGCUUACCACUGGAUGAUGCUGUUUCCCGCUGGCAGUAUCGCCUCUCGGCAACCGAUUCUGGUAAUGCCACCGUUACAGAGACAGUGGAGAUUAUCGUGCAGCAGCAUCGGGCGUUGCGUACCUUCAAUCAUGAGAUCAGCAUCGCGGUCCGUAUCAAUGAGAAGCUCGGCCACAACAUCGACUGGCAGCUGAAGCUGAUCAGGGCUGUGGCGCACACGCUCGAGGAUAACAGCAGCUCGGCGCUGGUGGUGCGCGAGAUACGACAGACGGCGCAGGAGCCACAAAGUGCCAGUUUUGUAUACUACAAUGAGACACUGCCCACCAGCGACUGCCCGGAAACGGAGCUCAAUCAGCUGGUGCAACGUUUGGAUACGAAGCGUUUGACGGACUUAUUGCAGCCGCUGCUCAGCGUCAAGUCUAUAACGGGUCAGCUGAUUGGUGCCUGCCAAAACACAGAGCUGGCCAAAAUAAAGCCAACAACGCACAUGGCCAAGAACUUGCCGCCGAUGCCGCGCAAUCAGGUGGAUCGUGUGAAUGCCUCGGUGGGUCAACUGUUGGUCUACAAGGUGCCCAGCGAUACCUUCUACGAUCCCAAUGAUAAUGAGCUCACGCUCACGCUAAAGACGAAGGAGCACAAGGAGCUCAGCACCCGCCACUGGCUGCAGUUCGACUCGAAGAAUCAGGAAUUCUAUGGAGUGCCUAAGAGCGGCGACAUUGGCACCGAGGAGUAUCUGCUCAUAGCCGAAGACAGUGGCGGCCUCAGUGCCAACGAUGCACUGGUCGUCGUUGUCACACACACACCCAAAAAGGAAUAUGCCAUACUGUACAAGGCCUAUUUGGCCAUACGCCACGAGAACUUCAAUGCGGAGCUGCAGCGUAAAUUUCUGGAGCGUAUUGCUCAGCUGCACGGCGAUGCUAACACAAAUCAUAUUGUGGUGCGCUCGAUAACCACACACCACGACUCGGACGGCACAAUUGUCAACUUUUACAAUGCUUCAUUGUACAAGUCGCACAAUCGUUGUCCCGACAAGGAGAUGGCUGCCACACGUAAUGUCUACCUGAGCAGCGACAUGAUGCCCAGUCCCAGCGUGAAGAAAGCCCUGGGUCCGGAACUAAAUCUGACGAACUUUACUGUAGUGCCCUCAGGCACCUGUCAUCAUGCGGAGAAUAGUGACAUUAGUCAGCACGAGUAUAUACCACCGCGACCCAAGGAUCCGAGCUCGAAGCCAACGUUUCCCGAUGAGUAUUUGGCCACGUUUAUACUGCCCGCUGUCAUUAUUUUGGUCAUGAUAUUGCUGGCCUCAAUUAUCGCCUGCUGUUUGCAUCGACGCCGUCACAAGAGCGGCAAAAUGGAGCUGGGCGAUGAGGAGGAGCGUAAAUCGUUCCGCACCAAGGGCAUACCGGUAAUCUUUCAGGAUGAGUUUGAGGAGAAGCCCGAAAUAGGCAAUAAAAGUCCCGUUAUACUCAAGGAUGAGAAGCCGCCGUUGUUGCCGCCCUCGUACAACACCUCCAACAUGAAUGGUGACAACGAUGUGGAUGAGUAUGUGCCACCGCCGGCAGUGGUGCUCGGUGGACGCGAGGUGCGAGGGAAAUCACCGGCAACGCCCUCUUAUCGCAAGCCACCGCCAUAUGUAUCGCCAUAAAUGUGUCAACAGCAGCAGCAGCAGCAGCAGCAACUACAAUAACAGCAGCAACAACAACAAUAAUCACAACUAAUCAAUUCUUAACGAAGACAAAAGGAAAAACAAAAAAACAAAAAAAAAUUACAAAUACAAUUUACAAUCUUAAUCUAACAAAUCUUUCGCACCCUCAACUCUAUUGUUAAUUCUAUGAAAUUGAAUUUUGAAUUGAGGUGCAAGUCGACCGCCCCGCCCACAUUAUGAUAAUAUUUAUGUAACUGUAUUAAGAACUGUAAAACAAUCAAUUAACGAUUUCAAUAUGCGACUUGGCUAACAACUUAAGCUAAAACCUAACACUAGAAAACACACACACACAAACACUAUGCUGCAUAUUAUUUAUCUAGUAUGUACCUUAACUUAUAUACAUAUGUAUACACACACACACACACUCACAAACAGAAACACACACACUUUAAUAAGCAAGCGUAAGAGCUUAAAACACACACAAAAACACACAAAGAACCGUUUAUAGAAUAGCAUUUAAUAGACGUUGAACGCGGCUAGCCGCUGUUUCCAAAUGCCCUUUGCCUAGGCCUGACUUGUUUGUAUCUUAACUCGAUUGUAGUAAGGCAUGUGUUCAUUAUGCAGCCAAUAGACUUUCAGCUUAAGCAUUUUAAGCCGAAUUGUUUAUAUCUUUGGCCAGUGCCGUCCGAUGUGCAGCAAUAGCUCAUAAAAUUCCAUUGCUAAAAUUGGCCGCUGCCCAUCAAAUUCAAUUUUUGGCCAACAUUCUAGCCACAUUGUUGCGUGUGCUUGCAAUUGUUGGCACUAUGCUGUAGUCUAGUAUUAUAUCAUAUCAUUUGGAACAUUUCUAUGGCUAUGCCCCAAAACUUGUAGUCACUUGAGCAGGGGGCAUAUCGCUUCAAUUGAGUUUUGCAUUUAGGUUUUAAGAAUCAAACAUUAUUGAUAAUGCUUUUUGUUUAAUUACGCUAUACUCAAUACAGCUGCCAAUUGAAUAGUGAGUGAGUGCACUCACCACUCACACUUACAGACUACAAAUCAAAAUAAUAGUACAUAUUCCGAAUUCCUAUAGUUGCCCCACAAGUGCUUCCUCCAUACCACCAAAUCAUAUCCAAAAUGUAAUGAAUUACACACACACACACACACACACACACACACACACAUACACACAUACUCAUCCACCCACACACAAAGAACACACACUAAGUAUAUCAAAUCAUUACUUAAAGUAGCCUCCUUAGUUAUUAAUUGAUUUUACAAGCCCUAUAUGAUUAGAAUAUAUACACAUAUUUAUAUAUAUACUUAAACUUAAACCUUCUUGAAAAACGAACCACUUGAAUUGUACUAAACAAAAAACAAAAAACAAAAAACAAAA